GUUUCCUAGCAACGGGGGAGCGGCAACGUCACGGCGGCGGGUUCUAAACACGGCUGUCCACCGUAGGGCUGCCGUGUGUACCUUCCAGCACCUGCGGGCUGGAGGGAGCGCUGUUCACAGCCCUGUCUGCACGUCUCCUUCGGUCCUUAUCCGCCUUAACCUGCGCCGGGUCGCGAAGAGCAACCUCCUCCCGCGAUCUCGUCUCCGAGGCCCGGGCCAGAGGCUAGAGGUGGCCUGCCCGGCUCUCGCCCCCCGCGCUCGCGGAGCCCACUGCCCGCGGCCUCGGCGGGACGAUGCUGGAGUCCAUUCGUGUGACGGAAAAGCUUCACUGGCCUGAGCAAGAACUGGCUAAGAAGUCUAUUCUAAAUGCAGAAGAGUCACUGAUCAUUGACAGCAAAAGAAGCAUUUCACAUUUAUCCCCGGGAAUACUAAAGGACAUUUUCACAACUGGAACCAGUAGUUACAAUGUCCUCCUACAGAGCAAAGAGGAGAAAAAGCAUCAUUCACAAAAGCAGUCUUCCUCCUUCUCCAAAAGAUGUAGAAAGCCCAGCAAAGCUUCUAGCUCUUCUCGUAGCAAAGACCUUCGCAAGAUGAAAAGCCCAGUGCCGGUGACGAGCAGUGGUACUUGGUACUGCCUAGAGAGGCAGCCUGCUGUUUUUGUCACUAGUUCAGUGUCAAAUCCUGUGAAGUUUACACAUGAUAUCUCUGUUACAGGGAACAGCAUAGCACUGCCACCCAAACCCAAAUCCAAGGUCAAGCGACGCCAUUUCUCCACUCUUCCAAAGCCAAAGCUACAGCCACAGCCUCAGCUGUCUAGAAGUUUUGAAAAAGGAGAUGACUUUUCUGGAAAGAGAUUUUGUAUACUGACUGCUAUAAAGCCCACCAACUUGGAGAAAGAAAAACUGAGAUUCUUCAAGUCUGACUAUACCUACAAUCCUCAGUUUGAAUAUGCCAAUCCUUCCCUGCCAGGGGUGUUAGCCAGGCACAGCAACGCAUCUGACCGAUUUCUUAAGCAGUCCAUCAAUAUUAUGGAGCUGACUUUACAGAAAUAUGGAAGUUAUGAGAAAUUUGAGCAGGCCACUGGUGGGAGCCUGCUAUCUAAGACUCGAAUCUGGAGUCACGUCAGGAAGUACAUGAUGAAAGAAGGCUGCAUGGGUGAGAUUGUGGUUCAUCUCACGGAGGACCUGCUCUCCCGAGCGUCAAUGACAGUCGUAAACGGGUGUCCGACACUGACCAUCAAUGUCUCUACUGCGCGUGAGCACUGGCUGGAAGGCAUGCUGAGGCAUGAGAUAGGCACACAUUAUUUUCGAGGUAUUAACAACCUCCAGCAGCCAUGGAACAGUUGGACUGGCCGUAAAAAACAUGAGCUGAAGCCAAACAAUCCCACAGAGGAAGGACUGGCGAGUAUUCACAGUGUCCUGUUUAGAAAAGACCCCUUUUUAUGGAGGGCUGCCCUCCUGUACUACACUGUCUAUCGAGCCAGCCAAAUGUCUUUUUGUGAACUCUUCAGAGAUAUUGGAAAGUUUGUCAAGGACCCCAAUACAAGAUGGGAUUACUGUGUACGAGCCAAGAGGGGUUGGACUGACACUUCCCAGCCAGGGUGUUUCAGUAAAGACCAAGUGUACCUGGAUGGCAUCCUGCAAAUCCUCCGAUACAGACAGACCAUUGACUUUCAUCUGCUGACUGCCCUGGGGAAGGUUUCUUAUGAAGACGUGGACCGCUUAAAAGGAUUGGCAGUUACUGAAAACAUGAGGGUCCCUCACUUCCUACAGGACCACGAGCGAUACAUGGAACACUUGGAGAAGAUCAUGGAAGUGAAUGAACUGACCGACAGGGAACUGAGAGAUCUCAUAUAUUAAUUAGCAUUCUUGCAGACCCGGCUAACGGGUACCUCUGUGUAUAUUACCAAUUAGGUGCACUUAGCACCAGCAGAUUUAUAAAAGAAUGACUGUUUACAAGAGUUUUCUGAAGAAUGUUCUGCAGUAUUCAGCUGAAUUUUUAGGUUAAGUACAAACCUUAAACUCUUUCCCUAAAAUAUUUCUACAGGCUGCAAGGGCAAGUUACCUGUUUUCAUCUGAGUCAGAUGAAAAUACCACUGCUGAGUGUUUUGAAGAAUCUUGGUCAAACUGAGCGAUAACCUUCUGCCUGAGCACCAAGACCAGCUUCACCUGGAGAGUGAAUUCCAGGGCCGUUCCAACUCCAAGGUUAUGGUUUAUUUGAUAUGUAUGGUAAUUACUCUCCUUUGGAUAUUUAGUUUUGUUAUGCCCCCCAAAAACUAGCUAUACCUAAGAUUCUUUAUUUCUCUUUCGUUAAGUAACAUUAAGGGGGGAACAAUUUGAAAAGUUUUCAUUAGUUCUUUAUUUUACAUAUUAUUUCACCCUACCAGUUUAUAGGAACUAGAGAAUUAUCUCAUUUUCUCCAGUUAUCCCUUCACUAAACUCUCUCUCAUUUGCUGUAACGUAAUUGUACUACUUCAAAAUUUUAACCAAGUUUUAGGUUAAACUUUCCCUCGCUGUCCCUUUAUAUAAAUGGUACAUACAAGCUCCAGAGAGGUUUAUCUACAUAAAUUAAAAUAGUUGGGGAAGAAAGGAACUACUCAUCUUUUUAUUAAGUGGAUCAACAAACGGAAUGAAUAGACUGAUCAACUUCAUAUACGAGCUGGAUGGUGACUGGGCAGCACCUAUAGCAAACUUGACCAUGUUCCGGAAAAUGGAAUUUCUGGGCAUUGAUUCCCACUGAUAAACUGGCCUUGUGAUAUUGGCUCAGUCUGAGUUUCAAAAUCUUUGAUUCCAUCAACCCAAUAAUGUCACAGUUUGAAUUUCAAAAAUGAGAGUUCUGCUUUGCUACAUUCUCCUGCUAAAAGCUUAUACACCUAGUGUUAUAAUUUAUCAGUUUUGAGAUACACUUGCAUAUAUAUACUUGCGAUCAAAUGUUCUUUAUAAAACAUAUUUUGAUGAGAAAGAAUACUGCCAUAAACACCCCAUUCAAAAUUGCUACUGUAAUUUCUAUCCAAAGCUCUCUGAGAGAUUCUCUUUACCUCAAUUCAGGCUUAAAUAUGGUGCUAACACUGAUAGAUGUAUAUUGCAAAGCCUGGUCCACAUUCAUGCUAGGAAAUGAUUUUAGGAACUCUUUUGCAGGCUAGGUUAUGUGAUUUUUCUCAUUCACAAAUCUAGAAGGGCAUGCCUUACAGAAGAAUGUGUGGCAAACAGGAUAUACCCUAACUGGUACCUGGCAGCUCUGGGAAGGCCAUACAUCUUGCCCUUGACAGUAGUGGGCCAGGUCCUUUGCAGCAUUGAAGGCACCCAGACAUGUGCCAUGCUGCCUGCAGUGUGGCCUACACACCUGUCUGCGGGGCUGGGGACACACUGACCAGCACUGACCAGACACUGGGAAGCUGUUCUUGACCCCUCAAGCAUUAUUUCGUCGUAGCGCAGUCAUCCAGGUCCAGCUUUGUGUAGUGCUUUCUGUCUUCAUCUUCAAACUUAUCAAAGGCUAUUGUAACAACAGUGUCUUAUUAACUGCAAUUGAAGUACAGACAGAAAUGGCAAUAUUUAUGUCCUGUGACUCACGCCCAAAUGCUUGUAAAUUCAACCUGUGUAGGUAAUUACACUGCUGAUCUUAUGUUAUGGUCUAAAUAUAAAGAAAAAUCGCAGCAGCCUUAAUGUCCUAUUGGUAGGAUUAUUUGUAGUGGUUUUAGUCCCCAAAUUUUAAAAUUGAUAGUCUCUCUUUAUCAGAUUUGGAAAAGGAAAAUCUUUCUUGCCUUAUUACUGCUUUGGUAUAAAAAAAAACACACACAAAAAACAAACAAAAAAAAAACAUGAGCACUAUCCAGACAAAAAAAUGACUUUAAAUCACAGUGAUUCUCUUAAGAUAUUUUAAAAGUUAGCGAUGAACCAACAAUAGUUUCGUAUUAGCAGAAAUACUUAAAGAGUUCUGAGCUUUAAAAGUUGGGAUUGAAGAUUUAAUUAAUGUUUAUUCUCUUUGCUGAAAGAGCAUUAAGGUCCGUUAUUUCCCCUAAAAUAAAAGUUUUAAUAAACAUAAAAUUGUAGCAGCAGUACUUAAGGGAAUAGUUGAAGAUCAUAUUUUAAUUACAAUACGAUUUGCUCUAGGCUGUUGGUUAGGAUUUCAUCAUUUUCCCCCCAUAAUUCUAACAUAUAGUUGUAUCAAAGAGAAAUUCUGGUGAACUGUUGGUUUUCACGUUAGAUGGGAUUCAAGGUAAAAUUGUUUGCAAACAUAAAUCCAUCGUCUUCAUUUCUUUAUAUUUUCAUCUUUAUAAAAGUGUUUAAAAUUUGUAUGGCUGGUUUUGUAAAUCUUUCGGCAUUUUGUGUCUAGAUGUAAUAGAAAUAACGCUGAGGUUCUCAAGUGAAGUAUGUGGAUAUAUGUGCAUGCAAACUUCUGUUCUUUGGAAACUUAAUUAUAUUUUUAUUGUGGUA